AUGAAGGCUGGCAUAUUAAUAUGUCUGAGGAGAUUGCAUCCUGUGACCGAUGAAACGCAUGUGACUACAUCACAAAAAACGCGCAAUGUCAGUCAGUGCAAGAGAGUUUUUCAAGAACAAUUCCUCUUGGUCGCUACUUUCAUUUCCAGCCCCGAAGAGGAGUCGACAAAGCAUCGACUGUACAAGAGUGCUCUGGAUCAUGCUCGAAGAUGUCUUAUUAAUUACGAGGUCAAGUAUUAUCGAUUGUUGAAUCCCCGAGUAACCUUGCUGACUUCGUCUUGGCAAGGAGAUAGUGGACUUCGUCUUCCCUCGGGCGUCUUUGAAUAG